AUGAUGAGUCAUGGUGCAGCAUCUAAUUCAAAUGUUAGCUCCGAUAAUUUGGCUAUACUUGUCGAUAUGGGAUUUUCGCUAACUCAUGCAAAAGAGGCACUUCAUCGUGUUGACAAUUUGGAAGAUGCUAUCGCUUUUCUAUUAAAUGACGCACAACAUCCUUCGCCACCGUCGUCACCGGGUGUAUCACAGGCCGAUUCGAGCGAUGAUGAAACAUCGUACUCUCUUGAUCCUCGUCGCAUGUUAUUUAUUCUAAAUCUUGAACAUAAUCAUUUAACAUUUGAUAAUAUUUUAUUAAAUAUUGCUCAAUCAUCGUUCGAAUUGUAUGAACAAUUAUCGACAAAUCGUCAACAUGUACUCGGUUUUAAAUCAUGGCAUAAACAUGGUCAAUAUAAACAAGUAUACGCAUGUCAAACUAGUCGAUUAUUAGAAGAAAUUUAUUUUCAUAUUGAACAUGAUUCACAUGAAUUAAAUAAUCAAAUAUGUACAUCCGGUCUUAUAUUCGAUCAACAGAAUAAACAACAACCAUUAUGUUUAGCUUUAUUUGGCUCUCAAUCUCAGUUAGAAAAGUAUAUGAAAAAUUUAAAACAACUUGAACAUACGUCACCAAUGUCAAUAAUUAGUAUAACUUCUUCUUUAACGCCUUCAAAACCGGGGAAUGAUUCUUCUUCUUCAUCUUCCGAUCUAUGUUCGGAUGUUACAAGAAAAGAUUAG